UGAGCGCUAGUGACAGUGCAUCACAAUCACAAUCUUCCAAUAAUUACAGAUAACAGUUUCAGAUAUAUUGUACAAACUACAUCGACCUUUCUAUAAGAAUAUCUUAUCACGAACUUGAGAAAACAAAAGCUGGGAAUCGUCGGUAGACGCGCAGGUCUUUAGUGAUGAACGGACCGCAUCAUCAUUUUCAACGCACUUAGACCGAAAUUAAUUGAUUUUAAUUGGCUCCUCGGGCGGCUCUGGUGCGCGACCAGUAGUACUUUACUACUUUUCAAGUGGUACCCACCGAUUUAAAUUGGUGCGCGACGUUUCUCCUGUGAACCGCGCUCUCGGUUACGAAAUUUCAUCCGUGCACGGUUUGCGAUUGUUCUCGGUGCAGUGCAUUUUUGUUGAUUUCGAGUUACUGGUUAAUGAAUCGAACAGACAUCUUUCCACGAGGAAAUCAACAAUUCAGGAAGCCAAGGCUACUGUAAUACUAUAGGUCCAAGCGCUUUAAUACACAUUCAAAAUGAGUUUGGUGCAGACAUUCGGCGUGAUCAAGAGCAACUUCAAGCUCAAACCCAAAGAGUAUACGAUCGACAACUGGGCGUUCAAAAUGCAUUACAAAGCUACGGUGCUCUUCUUCUUAGUUUCGACUAUCCUGGUGACUUCCAGGCAGUACAUUGGAGAACACAUCAGGUGUAUUGCUGAUGGAGGUGUACCGGCACAUGUGAUUAACACGUUUUGCUUCUUCACAUCUACGUUCACAGUGCCCUACGUGAAUAUGACUAAAGAGAUGGCAGAUAAACUUGAAAUAGAGGUCAAACAUUUGGAUGCGAAACUGAUAGACUCGGGAGGACUAGCUCAUCCAGGAGUUGGACCGUAUGGGAUCAAUUCUACGGAACCAGUCAAAAGGCACGCGUACUACCAGUGGGUACCAUUCGUACUGUUCGGGCAGGCUAUUUGCUUCUACUUGACGCAUCUGCUAUGGAAGAAAAUGGAAGGUGGUAGGAUAAGAUACAUCGUUGAUGGCCUGAAGUUGGCAGCGUUCGCUCUGCAAGAAAAAGAACUACAGUCAGGUGGAAAGACAAUCCCUUCAAAGAAAGACAAGGAAGAAAAGAUCAAGAAACUUCGCGAGUUCUUCCUCAAACGAGUCUAUAUAAACAACUUCUGGUCAUACAAGUUGAUCGGAAUCGAAGUUUUGAACUUCUUGCAUGUUAUCCUACAGAUCUAUAUAACAAACAAGUUCCUGAGCGGGAACUUCCGACAGCUCGGUUCAGAAGUUUGGUCAGAGGGGCUGGAUUCGAGCGUGGACGUACUCGACGAGGUGUUUCCAAAGAUAACGAAAUGUACCUUCCACAAAUACGGCCCUUCGGGAUCCAUCCAGCUCCACGACGCAAUGUGCGUCAUGGCUCUGAACAUCAUUAACGAAAAGAUCUACGUCGCUCUCUGGUUUUGGUUUCUCUUCCUGUUCAUCGCCUCUUUGGCAGCGGUACUAUGGAGGUUCCUCACUUUGGCACUACACGCCAGGAGCGUGCAAUUCAACAGGAUGGUGUUCGGCGUUAACUCUCCUGGGAAACUGAAUCCUUGGGAUACGCUCACCGUCACAAGGCACUGUAAUUUCUCCGAUUGGCUAUUCCUGAGCUACCUUGCGAAGAAUUUAGACAGCAUGGUAUUCAGAGAAAUAUUCGUGGGAUUGGCGGAAGAAAUAGAGGGCAAGAAACCUAAUAAGGAAAGACUGCUGAAUGAAUCAGAUGGAGAAGUAGAUCCCGACGCCACAUUGAAAGCUAGUUAGGUACGCAUUUAUUCCUAUUUGUGAUGUCUGUAGACAAAAAGAAAAGUUUCAAACUUGACUGAAUACAUAGUAUCCCUCGUUACGAUACUUAUAUCUUUAGCGUUUUAAGCUUAAAAAUGUAGCUGUUUGAGAGUGUUUUACAACUUGAUCUGCGAGUAAGCUGCACAUUAUUGUGUUCUUAUCAGUACGUUUUAGUUUGAGGCUGGGGACUAGUAUAUAACAUGUUGAAGUAUAAUAGAAAUCGCCUUCAUAUCAUAACCAAUGAUGGGUGAUUUUUUUUCCAAAAAAGUACAUUUCUAAUACAGGAGACAAAAUCCUACUGCCGUCUCGUGGCACAUUUUUAGAUCUACCCUUCCUUUGAUAGCUUAUUCCAGCUUAAUAUAUGUAGAGUUAGAUUGCUAAUAAAACAUCACUUUUUUGCUGAUAUACGAUUGCAAAUAUUUUACGGUUUUCUUGUAUGUGAUAAGUUAAGUGAUCCUUAUAAGUUACCAGUUGCGAAAUUUA